AUGAGCAAAUUCAAGUUUAGUAAUGAUCCACAUCCUUUUGGUUUACAAGGCUCAGAUAAUCCAAGCAUGCCACUAGUUAGUGCUUCCUUGACUGGUGGAAACUAUUUAGCCUGGAGUAGAUCCAUGACAAUUGCUCUAAGGGUCAAGAACAAAUUAGGUUUUAUUAAUGGCAGUUUGCAAGCAGCACCUAAUGAUUCUCCUAAUUUUGAGAAGUGGUUAAAGGUAGAUAGUAUGGCAAUUUCCUGGAUAUUGAAUUCUAUUUUAAAGGAUAUGGUAGAGUCUUUUUCGUAUGCUGAUACUAAAAAGGAUUUAUGGGAUGAAUUUAGAGCAGAGAUUUGGGGAAUGGUUUUUGUAAACAUUGAUAUUGAUGAUAAACUAAUGCAAUUCCUUAUUAGCCUAAAUGAUUCAUAUGAUCAUAGACAAAAAAGGGAAGUGCCUGAUGUAUUUGGUGAUUUGGUGGACCAUGGUAGUGCAAUGCUUGCUAAAACUCAAUAUUUUAAGAAGGAUGCAACUAAGGAGACUGAUGUUAACAAAGGCAAUUUUAAGAAGAAAAAGGAAGAUAGAUUUUGUGAUCAUUGCAAGGUUUCAAUGGAUACAAGAGAGACAUGUUUCAAGUUGCAUGGUUAUCCAAAUUAG